UAAGUGCGUAUGUAACCGUGAACAGGUCACUCGCAUUACUAUAGCUGAUAAUAAUUGUUGUCAUAAAUGGCUGAUAGAGAAAUUGGCGGUUAAAACUAAGAAGAUAACUGAGUUAUGGAAGGAAUUUGAGGACACUUCACACUGGACAGAAUAACGAAUUACGAAACUGAUCACUCGGAAGUCGGAAGUCGGGACCCGAGAAGUGUUUGCAAAGAAUAUAAUAUAUUUAAUUAUUAAGCAGUGACUGGUGAGUCAGACUUCUGGAUUUAUUUCAAGUAGGUUUAAGAUGCAUAUUAAAUCAGUAAUUAUUGAUGGUUUUAAAUCAUAUGGAAAACGAGUAGAGCUGAAGAAUUUUGAUCCCGAAUUUAACGCUAUAACAGGAUUGAAUGGCUCUGGGAAAUCUAAUAUUUUAGAUGCAAUAUGUUUUACUUUGGGCAUAUCAACAAUGAAUACCAUACGUGCUGCAUCAAUUCAAGAUGUAAUAUAUAAAAGUGGCCAAGCAGGAAUUCAGACUGCUACUGUUAGUAUAAAAUUUGAUAAUCGUGAUAAAUCAAGAUCUGCUCCUCGUUAUGAACAUAAUGAUGAAAUUAUUAUUUCACGAGAAGUUGGUAUGGCUGGCUCAAAAAAUUUAUACAAAAUAAAUGGUGUCACAGUACCAGCUAAAAAGGUCAUGGAUUUUUUCAACUCUCUACAGAUGAAUGUAAAUAAUCCUCAUUUCAUUAUCAUGCAAGGUAGGAUAACAAAAGUAUUAAAUAUGAAACCAGUAGAAAUUUUAUCAAUGGUUGAAGAAGCAGCGGGUACUAAUAUGUAUGAAUCUAAAAAAAGAAGUCUUGAAAUAACAGUCGGUAAAAAGGAUAACAAAUUACGUGAAAUGCGUGAUGUUGCAGAUGAAGAAAUUCUUCCAACUAUGAUAUCUGUUGAUAAAGAAAAACAGAUGUUAGAAGAACUAAACAUGGUACAAGGCCAGUUAAGAGUACAAAAGGAAAAACUCGAUAAUUGGUCAUAUGUUCAGUUAGAAGUUAUUGUUAAGACUAAAUCUCAAGAAUUAGAAGCCCUUAAACAAAGAGAAAAAGAAAAGAAAGAUUGCAUUGAAUCAUCAGAGAAACAAAUCAAAUUCAUAAAAAAUCAGUUAAAGCAAAGUGAAGAAGCAAUGGAAAAAGAAUGUGACAGUAAACUAUCACAGUUAAAAAAAGAAGUUGAUACAAUUGAACAAGAAAAAAAUAAUAUACAACUAAAAGUAAAUGGAUGUAAAAACAAUAUUAAAACAGAACAAAAAAAAAUUAAAGAUAUGGAAAAACAAAUAAAUAGUAGUAGAAAAGAAUUUGAAGCAAAGAAGAAGGAAAUGGAAGAAUUUAAUGAAAUUAAUGCAGGUUUAGAUGAAGAAAAUAAAAAAAACACUAAUGCUUUGGACGAAAUAGAUCAAAAAAUAAGAUCAUUAAAUUCAGGAAAUAUUUUUGCUGAAGACGACAACGGAUCAGUUCAAGAAAAUAUCAAUAAGUUCAAUUUAGAAUUACAAAAUCAGACAACAGAAAACCAACAAUAUAUAAUAAAAAUUGAUGGUUUGAAUAAAAAAUUGAAUGAACAGUUAAAAGGUAUGAAGGAAGCGCAAAAACUUUAUGAUAAGCAAAUGACUCAAUUGGCGGCUAAGGAAAAAGAAUAUGAAAAAGUGAAAAAUGAAUAUUUGAAAGCAGAAGAAGAAUUAAGUCAUCACAAUACUUUGAGAAUAAGUCGUGAUAGUAUACUUAGAGAAAUAUGUGAUCUUAAUUCAAGAAACGAAUCAUUUGAGUCAAAUAAUCCUUUUUUGUUUUUUAGAUAUAAUGAUCCGCGGCCUAAUUUUGACCGACAUAAAGUACAUGGUCUUGUAUGUCGUUUAUUCAAACCAAUUGAUUUUAAAUUUGAGUUAGCACUUACAACAUUAGCAGGAGGAAAAUUAUAUUUUAUUGUAGUGGAAGAUGAUAGCGUUGGUAAAGAUAUUUUAGAAACCAAUAAGUUUUCUAAUCGUAUGAAUUUUAUACCUUUAAGCAAAAUUAAGUCUGAUAGUUUACCUCCUAAUGUAAUUCGUAUAGCUCAACAAAUAGGAGGAGCUGAUAAUGUUUUUCCUGCGAUGUCCCUUAUUAAGUAUGAGAAAAGACAUUUAAAAGCCAUUCAGUGGGUAUUUGGUCAGGCAUUCAUUUGUACUUCCAAGGAAAUCGCUGAAAAAGUAUGUUUUGAUAGUCGAGUAAAUAGACAUUGUUUUACUCUUGAGGGCGAUCAUUUCAAUCCUUCUGGUAGUCUUACUGGAGGAGCAAAUACACAAAAGCUUGUGUUACAAUUAUUAGCUUCUCAAGAUGAAAUUACAUUACAACUUCAAACUAAGAAGUCUGAGUUUGCACAAAUGGAUAAUAGACUAACUGAAAUAGCUAAUUUACCAGCUAAAGUAGCGGAUUUGAGAGACAAGCAAAUCACAGUCCAAGAAGAAUUGGAAAAAAUUAGAUCAGAUGUACACUUAGGACAGCCUCACCAGCAAGUUACUGAAGUAAAGGAUAUAAAACAACAAAUAGCAGAACUCGAAAAAAAACUUGCUGAAGGUAAAACAAAUGAAAAACAUUUGCAAGCUAAAAUAAAAGAUUUGGAAAUUAAAAUGAAAAAUGCUCAAAAUAUUUUAAAACAACAGCUCAAUGAUGCUGAAAAAUCUCGGAAAAGCAUUUUAACAAAAAUAAAAAAUGCCAAAGCUGAAUAUGAUAAAAAGAAAAAUAAUUAUAAUAAAUUGGAGCUUGAAAUUAAAGAUUUAAUGUGUCAGAUGCAAGAAGAUGAAAAUCAGUUGUCUGAAUUAAAUAACGAAAAAGAAAAAAUUGAAAAGGACCUUGAAUGUUUUAUAACAGAUUUAGAAACAGCAGAAAAAAACUACAAAGAAGUGUGUGAAAAAUAUGAAGCUCAAAAAGAUAUAGUUCUACGUAGAUCAAAUGAAAUCGAACAGGCAACUAAUAAGCAUAAGCAACUAAUUGCAGAUGUCGAAACUUACAAAAUUCAUUUGUUGGAACUAGAAGGAGAAAAAAAAAAAAUGUUGCAAAUUAUGGAUGAGUUGAAAAAAAAGUUUGAAAAUCUUGAAAAUAGAAUGCCUGAUGAUCAAAAAUUGAUAGCCAAACGAAUGGAUUAUACAAAUUUUAAUUCAGGUGAAUGUAAGCAGUUAGUUGACGAACUUCAAGUAAAAUUUGAUCAACUAUCAAAAGUUGUUGAUCCUGGAAAAUUAAAUAAUUUUCACAAACAUAUUCAAGAAUACAACAGGUUGCUUGCUAAACUUGACUUAAUUCUUAAGGACAAAAAUAAAAUAAAUGAAAUAAUUGAAGAACUCGAAGUUAAAAAACGACAAACUUUAGAGCGAGCUUCUGAACGUGUAAAUCUAGAGUUUGGUAAAAUAUUUAGUAGUGUAUUGCCAGGUGCUCAAGCUUGUUUAAAACAAGUUAACCCAAAUGACAUAACAGCUGGUUUAGAAAUUCGUGUAGCUUUUAAUGGAUUGUGGAAAGAUAGUUUAGAAGAACUUAGCGGAGGUCAACGAUCAUUAGUUGCAUUAUCAUUAUUGCUUGCUAUGCUGUUAUUUAAUCCAGUGCCGUUGUAUAUUUUGGAUGAAGUAGAUGCUGCAUUGGAUCUUUCACACACACAAAAUAUUGGUAAAAUGUUAAAGCAACACUUUAAACAGUCCCAAUUUAUAGUUGUAUCACUUAAGGAUGGUAUGUUUAGUAACGCUAAUGUUUUAUUUAGAACAAAAUUUGUCGAUGGAUCUUCUACAGUUACUAGAACUACGUGUAAUCAAUUAUAGUUAUUUAAUUACUUGAUUUGAUCAUGUUUCAUUAUGAAUAUUUAACCCUUAAAUUAUUAUUACUUUUAUACUAAACAAGUCGAAUUAUACUUUUAUUUUUAUGUUAACACUAUAAUAUAUUAUACUAUAGUUAAGUAAUAUUAAUGUUGUAAAUAUUAAAUUAAACUGUACAUGUGAGUUAAACAUAUUUAGAGUAUUAAAUUAUUUUA